UCUCAGUUGAGUUAACUUUUAAAACUCAUUAGGCAUUAUCCACUUGAAAUAUUGCUAAAGAAAAACGUGGCUUACCUGCUCCAACAAUUUUUUAAUCAUUCUUCAUGUUCACACGUUAUGCAAAAUCUAUUUUUUUUUUUAUACCAACUUAAACCAAGGAAAUGCAGACGAACUUUCUGUUUUUUUUUUUUUUUCUAAGCAAAGAUUCAAAAUAAUCUUAUGCUGACAGUUGAUGGAUUAAAGAGAAAGAAACAAAUUUUGAUUCUUUAUAAUAAUUUUCUUGAUCAAGAUUGUAAGUAUUUCUUGCUGUAGAUUGUGUGUUGAAUGUAGAGAUUGGAUAUUCUUUGAUGGAAAGUGAUAUAUCAUUGAAACAGAGGGCUGGGAAUUUAGAUGUUGUUGUGGAGAUUCAAUCGCCGAGCUACGAAGAAAACGGGGUGGCGUUAUCGAAUGAGGAAUUGUCAAGAUUUCAAAUGAACUUAUUCACAAGCACUUCGACUCCUGCAAUAAUCGACCCGAGUUCAGUAUCUGAUCCUGCGGCGAAGCCACCUUCAGGGGCUAAUUUUCCACCUUCAGGGGCAAAUUUUCGGCGAAGAUCAUUGGCGAAAUCUGAAUAUUCUAAGCCUAAGUCACGAAUCGUGGAGCCUCAGUAUCCAAGUAGUUCGAAUCCGGUUCAAGAAAAUGCUCAAUCUGUUGUUGGAAAGGCCUCGGAAAGAAAUUCGCCAAAUGUAGGUUCGCCUUCCGUUAAAGUGAAUUCUAGUAGCCCGAAAACAUCGGUUCCUGUCACACCUAGGACGCCUUUAAUGGCAUCGGUUGGAGGAGAGGAUGACGAUGACGAUGACGAUGAUGAUGAAGAGGUAUACAAGACAGAAAAUGUUAAAAUCAAUAAGAAAAAGCACGGCAAGAAAUUAAAAGUACUGAUUUUGAUUGAAUGGAUAGCAUUCGUAAGCAUAAUGGCAGUUUUAAUUGCUAGCUUGACUGUUAACAGAUUAAAAGAUUCUACAAUUUUGGGUUCAAAACUAUGGAGAUGGUCUGUUCUGGUAUUGGUAAUUUUUUGUGGUCGUUUAUUUACUGAAUGGUUGACUAAUUUUCUUGAGUUCUUGAUUGAAAGAAAUUUUUUGCUCAAAAAGAAGGUUCUUUAUUUCUUAUUCGGCUUGAAGAAGAGUGUUCGCGUCGUUGUCUGGUUAGGCUUGAUUCUUCUGGCAUGGGGUUUGUUGAUUAACCGAGGGGUUAAACGAUCCUGGAAAACUACUAAGGUUCUAAAUUUAAUAACAAAAGGUAUAGCCUCUAGUCUUAUUGGUGCAGUUAUGUGGAUGGUGAAGACAUUAUUGAUCAAGCUAUUAGCUUCUUCUUUUCACGUUAGAACAUACUUUGACAGAAUUCAAGAAUCGAUAUUUCAUCAGUACAUACUUCAGGCCCUUUCGGGGCCUCCAUCCAUGGAAAAUGCGGUCGAGAAUUCUACUUUCAGUCGUCAGUUGAGUUGCAAAAAUUUGAAGAAAGGGAAACAAGAGAAAAAGGGGGAGGAAGUGAUUAAUGUGGAGAAACUUUACAAAGUGAAACGAGGGAAAGUCUCGGCUUGGACUAUGGGAGGGUUGAUGAAAGUGAUAAGGAAUUCAGGGCUGCCGACCAUUUCUGAGGUACUCGAUGAGACUGUUGAGGAGGAGGAGGAGGAGGAGGAGGAGGAGAAAAAAGUUAUUACAAGUGAGGUCGAGGCAAGGGAUGCAGCCAAUCGAAUAUUCAAGAACGUCGCAAAACCAGGUCACAAGUAUAUAGACGAGAACGAUCUUCUACGUUUCAUGCCAAAAGAAGAAGUAGAUAAUACUAUUCCACUCUUUGAAGGAGCUGUAGAAGCAAGAAGGAUUAAGAAAUCAUCCUUCAGAAAUUGGGUGGUGAAGGCUUAUAAUGAGCGAAAAUGUCUAGCCGUUUCUUUGAGAGAUGCAAAAACAGCUAUCGAGGAGCUAAACAAAAUUGCCUCCGGAUUUAUUCUGAUUGUGAUCAUUAUAGUUUGGAUACUUUUGAUGGAAAUCACAACCACCAGAGUUUUGGUGUUCAUUUCAUCUCAGAUGUUACUCGUAGUUUUUAUGUUUGGUAACACUGCAAAAACAGUGUUCGAAGCAAUCAUAUUUGUGUUUGUGGUACAUCCAUUUGAUGUUGGUGAUCGUUGUGUCAUUGAUGGUAUUCAGAUGGUUGUUGAAGAGAUGAACAUUUUAACCACGAUCUUUCUAAAACCGGACAAUGAAAAAGUAUAUUAUCCCAACGCAGUUUUGGCAACCAAACCGAUCAGCAAUUUCAACCGUAGUCCAGAAAUGAUGGGCGAUGCAGUGGAAUUUGCUGUUGAUUUUUCCACUUCAGUCGAGAGCAUAGCAGCAUUGAGAGCUAAAAUAAAAUCGGAACCUGGCAUGAAGCUUGAUGUACUGGAAACUGAUAGUCUUGGCAAAAUUACUGCUAUAAGUUAUGGACAGGAGACUUCUCCUAAGAUACUUGGAUAGUAAGCCUCAACACUGGCGUCCGGGACAUAGUGUACUGAUCAGAGAAAUCGAGGAUGUGAACAAGAUGAAAAUGGCCCUUUAUGUUACUCAUACCAUAAACUUCCAAAAUGCUACAGAAAGGGGCAAUCGAAGAUCGGAUUUAGUCUUCGAACUGAAAAAGAUCUUCGAGGAACUCGGUAUAAAGUACCAUCUUCUACCUCAAGAAGUUCAAAUCAGCUAUGUUGGAUCAACAAUACCUCCAUCUGUAACUGGUUUACGUUAAGGAAUUUUUGCUAACAUUUGUAAUCUUUCUUAUAAAAUUUUUGUUUCGUGUACGAAAUUGCCCUUGUUUGGCUCUCUUUAAAAUUUUAAAUUGUUUACUACA